GGUGGAAAAAAUACAAUCCCUAUUAUGGUAUCAGAGCCUUAGGGCGAUAGAACUCCAACCGAUCAACUUCUCUACGCAUCCCCAACAGUCACCAUGACAGGCGGUCGCAGAACAGAGGACGAAGAAGAAGACUCAGCGGCCAGAAAUAUUUUUAUUCCACAGAGGCGUACAAUUUCUCCAUACGAUCUGACAUCAAGUGAUAAUCCAGGGAGUAUUAUCACUCAAGUUCAACUAAGAGGACACAACUAUGAGGAAUGGGCUAGAGCAAUUCGCACGGCACUCCGGGCGAGAAAGAAAUUCGGCUUUGUGGACCGUUCAAUACCACAACCCGAAGAAGACUCACCUGACUAUGAAGAUUGGUGGACCAAUAAUUCACUUUUGGUGUCUUGGAUUCGAAACACGAUUGAACCCACACUUCGUUCGAGUAUUUCUUACAUUGAGAUGGCGAGCGCACUUUGGGAUGAUAUCAAGUCUCAAUUUUCGGUUGUUAAUGGCCCAAAAAUUCAGCAACUGAAAAGAGAAUUGGCUGACUGUAAGCAGCGAGGUAUGACAAUGGUGGCAUAUUAUGGAAAGCUUAAGAAAAUCUGGGAUGACUUGAAUGAUCUUGAUCAGUUUCCAACGUGUACGUGUGGUAAGUGCACGUGUGAUUUGUCCGCAAGAAUAGAAAAGAAAUGGGACGAGGAAAAGGUUCAUCAAUUGCUUAUGGGACUCGAUGAAAAGAGUUAUGGUGUGGUUAGGUCAAACUUGCCGACUCAAGAGCCUCUACCUUCAGUAGGACGAGUGUAUGCUGUACUCACACAGGAUGAAAGCUCAAGAGAUAAUUCCAGAACUCAAGAGGACCGUGGAGAAAUCACAAGCUUUGCUGCCCAAGUUGUGCCUCGUGAGAAACGGCGUGAAAUGAAGGAUCGUGAGCGUAACACUCUCUGUACUAAUUUUCGUAAGCCUGGGCAUGAGAUAGAUAACUGCUUCCAGCUUAUUGGGUAUCCCGAAUGGUGGCCUGAACGCACUAAGUUGACUGGAUGAGGCAAUGGUCGUCCAGAAAAAGGAGGGGCUGGACGCGGAAGGGGAACUACAGUUGGAAGAGGCCGUGGCUCUAUUGCUGCUAAUGUUGUUGUUGGGUCUUCUGCAGGUGUUCGAGAUGCAGUAAUGACCGGUGCUGACCGGACUGAUUUCUCAGGCUUGAAUGACGAACAGUGGCAAACUUUAUUAAAUCUACUGAGUGCUGCCAAAUCUAAUCCUACAGAAAAGCUCUUAGGUAUUUUUAAUUCCACAGGUUGGAUCAUUGAUUCAAGAGCUUCUAAUCACAUGACUGGUAAUCUAGAAUUUUUUAGACACGUCUCUGAUCUUUCAAAUUGUCCGGUUAGUUUGCCGAAUGGAGAACAAAUUUACGCUACUAAGGAGGGAACCGUUGAAGUAACUCCUGUCUUAACUCUUCACAGAGUUAUUUUUGUUCCCAACUUGAAUUGUAACUUGAUUUCCGUAUCUCAGUUGAUUGCAUAGUCCGGAUGUCUCGUACAUUUCACCGGAUCUAUUUGUAUAUUACAGGACCGCACUACGAAGACAGUGAUUGGUGCAGGUGAACGAAUUGGAGGCCUCUAUUAUAUACGGCAGCAUGUUUUUGUUGCACCAGUUUCAUUGAAGGAGGAUCAAUUUGAGUUGUGGCAUCGACGCCUUGGUCACCCGUCUAUGAAGAUAGUGGAAUUAGUUCCUCAAGCUGCCACACAAAGGACUAAGAACUCUCCCAUAUGUGAUAUUUGUAUGCAUUCCAAACAUAGUCGCAGUAGUUUCCCUCAAAGUACAAAUAAAACCUCUGGUAUUUUUGAACUUGUUCAUGUUGAUUUAUGGGGUCCGUAUCGGACACCUAGUUUUUCUGAUUGCCGGUACUUCUUGACAAUUGUUGACGAUUUCUCUCGUGCAACUUGGGUUUAUUUAUUACAUGAUAAAUAUUCUGUGCC